AUGUCUGCGACAUCGCCUACAAAUGCGCUUUCGGGCCAGGUGCUCAGCGGCAUCAUGGCCGCCUCUUUACCCACCGAAUCACCCACGAUCAAGAACGGGUACGAAGCCAUUGCUCUUGGCGCACACGCCGCACUACUCUCCGUCGGCUUCAGGCUCAUCGGACUAGGAGAAGACCACAAGAUCGAAGCACACUCCGACUCCGAAGCUCCUCAACCCUUGCCCGCAGAAUGGAACGCACAGAAUGGCAGUUAUGCUUUCCGAUAUAAACAUCGCCAGAGCAGCAUGGAAUUCCUUCUCAAAAUCAACAGAAUGGGAAACAAAGUCGUCAUCAUGGCGAUGGGACUGGGAGACGAUCGAACAAUAAGCACAGAUCUGAAGAUGCAGGAAUAUAUCUCUGAAGGGAGCUUACCUGUUUCUGGAGAGGCAAGCAGUAAGGACCAGACGGCGGCGAAGAUCAUCGACGCUUUCAUUUCGGUUGGGAGACUGAGUGAUUUGGGAAGUUUGAUGCGGGUGCAUCUCAUUCAGAAGCUCAUUCCGAGCUUGCAGAAGGAGGGAUAUGAGGAGAGCAGCAGUGAUGAGCGACAAGCGAGACAGCCUGCUCCUGGCAGAGAGGAUGAUAGACCACAGCACCACCCGUUGCGGGAAGAGAGAGGUCCUCCAGCUCGUCCAUAUCCUCUCCACGAUCCUCUUGCACAACCGCGCGGACCACGAGGCCCUUUGCCGGAACCUAUUCCCGGCUUCGAAGACGAGCAUGGUAUCCAGAGGCCUCCACGAGGUAUGCCGCAAGGCGGAUUCGGUAGAAUCGGCGACAGAGAUCUCUACCCGCAAGGCCUCGGACCCAACGAUCCAUUCCGUGGCGGUAUAGGACCUGGUCUUGGCGGACCUAUGGGUGGUGGCGGCAUGCAUCCCACCUUCGACGACCCUUUGUUCGCUGGACAAGGGCAGAGAGGACCUGGCUUCGACCCACAAGCACCGCCAGGAGCACGCUUCGAUCCGCCAUUUGGGCCCGGUCAGGGAGGCCACCCCCGCGGUACUGGAAUGGGAGGCCGCCCACCGAAUCCGUUUGGCGGCUUCGGCGAUGGUGACUUCAUCUAA